AUGGAAUACGAGUAUGAGAUCGAAUACCAGAAAGGAAAAUUUAAUGCCGCUGCUGACGCCCUAUCCCGAUAUCCUGUAAACCCAGUUCAACCAUCAGACUCUGAUCUUAUUCCAUCGAAUUCUAAUAAAAAUGAAGAUAACUCCACACCUCAAUUCAGCCCUCUUACUCUUGACGAUCUUGACAUCCAACUACAUCCUGAUUCCUUAGACCUCGACGAUAAACUACCUUCUGUAGACCUCUUGGAAAACGAUGAUUCAUUACCAGGUAUCGACGAUCCUCCUACACCGACCACAUCCAACAAAUCUCCAGAUCCUAUACCAAAUCCUUCUCGUGACGAUAAUUAUAGCAAGUUCCUAAAAACAAUGGGCAACAAAGACUUUAAUAGUAACGCUAACAUCCUAGAACACAACGAAAGCAUCCUGAAAACUAACUGCAAAAUCAUUGUCAUACCUACUUCCAUCGAUCUCGAUGACUCCAACCCUCACGACGACCUCACCAAAUAUUCCCUCGCUUACCCUAUCGCUAAUGCGACUGCAGAAGAGACAUGUGAAUGUCUAGUGCACUUUAUUUCUGUCUUCGGCAUCCCGAAGUCUAUUUUAACCGAUCAAGGCACAAACUUCACCGUAGACCUAUUUAAAAGAAUCUGCAACUUCCUGAAAAUUAAACAAAUCUGGUCUUCUCCAUACCAUCCUCAAACGCAAGGUGCACUUGAGCGCAGUCACUCCACACUUAAGGAGUACCUUAAAUCUUAUGUCAACGAAAAUCAUUCUGAUUGGCAUAAAAACACCUUGACAUUACUCAUAAGUAGACGUCAUGUGACACAUCACUAUGACGAAGUUAAAUUAGCUCCUAGAUCUGAAACGUAA